AUGUCCAACGACCAUCUAGCCACCCCCAACCCCGAGCUCGCACCCAUACUUGCGGUUCUCCCAGCUCCUGCGGCGUCAAUGCUCCCGGACAUCGACGCUGCCCGACGCUGGUUUGCGGAGGGCCCUGCAGCUAUUUCACGCAGCGGUCAGGAACCGCACCUACCCCCAGCGACAGCAUAUACGUCGACAGACCAUAAGCUCGCUGUUGAGGACGGCGAGAUCACUGUGCGCAGCUACGUGCCGACGUCUUCGACGAACGACACGCGCUUCCCGCUUCUAUUCUGGACGCACGGUGGAGGGUGGGUCAUCGGUGACCUGGAAAUGGACGAUUACUACUUGAAGAUCCUCAGCGCCGAACUCCAGCUUGUGAUUGUCCACGUUGAUUACAGGCUUGCCCCGGAGUAUUCGUUCCCGACGGGCCUAAACGAUUCGUACACGGCACUGAAAUGGGCCAAGCAGAACGCCGGUAGCUUCAACGCAGACCUCUCCAAAGGUUUCCUCGUCGGGGGCGCAUCCGCAGGCGGGAACCUCGCCGCCGUCCUCGCCCAUCGCACGAAGGCGGACCCGGAAUUCACCCAGCACCCGCUCACUGGGCAAGUCCUCCAGUACCCAGUAACUGUGCAUCCGGAUGUAGUGCCCGAGGAUCAACUAAUGCGCCAUCUCGCAGAACUCCUGGGAGGGUCACCCUCAAACCCGGAGAUUUCGCCGCUCCUGUACCCCUCCUUUGAGGGCCUACCUCCCGCGCUCGUGCAGGUGUGCGGGAUGGACCCGCUCCGCGACGACGGGCUGCUCUACGUGGAGAAGCUGAAGCAGGCUGCGGUGCCCACAAGGUUGCACGUAUAUCCGGGUGCGCCGCACGGGUUCCAUCUCGGCUUCGCGCAGACGAACAUUGCACAGAAGUUCGAGGAAGAGCUGAAGGCGGCGCUGCGUUGGUUGCUUGCGGGUGCGCCGAGCGACGGACAGCAAGUGGCGCGGAUGUGA